ACACAUCCCUAGAAUGGGCAAUGACAGAACUCUUGAGGCACCCAAAUGUUAUGAAACAACUGCAAAAGGAGGUGAGAGAGAUUGCAGGUGAGAAAUCAGUCAUAAAAGAGAAGGAUUUGGAGAAGAUGCAUUACUUGAAGGCUGUGAUCAAAGAGACUCUUCGUCUACACCCUCCAGCUCCAUUAUUAGUACCCAGAGAAUCUGCUCAAGACGUUGAAGUAAUGGGCUACAACAUUGCAGCUGGAACUCGGGUUUUUGUGAAUGUUUGGACAAUUGGAAGAGACCCCAUGUCAUGGGAACAACCAGAAGAAUUCAUUCCAGAGAGGUUUUUGAACAGCAGCAUAGAUUUCAAAGGGCAUGAUUUCCAGUUAAUUCCUUUUGGGUCCGGAAGGCGGGGCUGUCCUGGUAUUCUCUUUGCAACAACAAUCAAUGAGCUUUUCUUAGCAAAUCUUGUGCACAAGUUUGAUUGGACUUUGCCUGGUGGAGCAAAAGAAAAUGAUAUAGAUAUAAGCGAAUCCAUUGGCCUUACCAUACACAGAAAAUUUCCUCUUAUUGCUAUUGCAAAUAAAUGUUCUUCCUAGUCUAAGACAUACUGUCUACAUAUUGCCUGAAUUCAUAGAAAACCAGCCUUGGAACAACGAAGCACAGUUUGGAAUCUUUACAUUUUUGUAAUGUCACUUUUAGAGUGCUUCUCUUAAAGCAGUUAUAACCAUAGGAGUGUAAUUAAGUGCUAAAUUGAUA